UAUGUGUUCUUCAGAGUUUUACACGUGAAUACUUUAAUACACCCCUAUACGCCCACCACAGAGCCAAAACUGCAAGACCUGCCAUUUGACCAAAACUGUCUCCUGAUACCAAACGUUCCCAACUAACCAUCUGAGGUGAUGCGGGUAAUUUAUAGUCAGUAAAAGAGAGUUAAAGUGAAAUUUUGGCAGGAUUUACAGGAGCGUGAAAACAAGGCGCUGUUCAGCAGGAAGUAAAGCUAGACCAGCUAUGUGCGCAUGCGCCGCAGCUCUUCCCAAUCUAGGGAUGUGUUUCUCUUCAUAAAAACGAUGAACAAACUCCUGGAAAGCUGUUCCAGCAGUGCCCAUCCUCUCUAGUAGUUGUCCUUGACUGGGAUGGCAGCCACUGAUGAAGUCACCAUGUCCAUGGCCGAGGUGGUGAUGGUCAAGACUGAUGCUGAAGGUGACCCUGAUGACCCCAACAAGACCCAGGUCAUCCUCCAGCUCCAGCCCAUCCCUGCUGGAGAUGAGACAAGUGAAACAGAUGCAGCUGUCAUGGCUGUUGAAGCACAUCCAGAACAAACAGAGGGAGAUGAGGUGGAGAUCGGCUGUCCCAUAACAUGCGGCGACUGCAAAGCUGUGUUGCUAGUGAAGAAAUUUGUAUGCCCAGGAAUUAAUGUAAAAUGUGUGAAGUAUGAAGACCAGCUGAUCAGCCCAAAGCAGUUUGUGCACAUUUCUGGAAAAGCCACUUUGAAAGACUGGAAGAGAGCCAUCAGGAUGGGCGGAGUCAUGCUAAGAAAAAUGAUGGAUUCAGGUCAGUUGGACUUCUAUCAGCACAGUACGCUGUGUACCAACACGUGUCGCAGCACCAAGUUUGACCUUUUAAUCAACAAUACCCGGUUCCCUCCCGAUGGCAGUGGGCUUUCCACACCCACAUCCUCUCAAGCUCAGGUGGUUCUGGGUAAUGGAGGCGUGGUGAGUGAGGAGCGAGCAGAGAGUCUGAGCGGGAAGGUAGACUGGAGCACGGCUGCACUGGAGUCUGGAGACAAGGAGAAGUCUAGUGAGAUCUCAGAGGACACGCUGAACUUCUGGAAGGGCAUCGCUGAUGUGGGUUUACUGGGAGAGGUGGUGACCAACAUCAACACUGAGCUGCUGGAGCUGCUUAAUGGUGUGCAACAACGCAAGGAGCUGGGAGCCUUACAGGACACAGAUUCCUGUCUGGUAGAGGUGGCAGUGCUCAGUAACCUGGCCCAGGUGUUCGGUCUGCUGGAUUCAGUCAAGAAGAUCUUGGAGAGGAGAAAGCAGCAGACGGAUCCGAGUCAGGAGCACAUGCUCAGCACCCUUAGCAGUCUGGAGCUGCAGCUGGAGGAGCAGAAGAAGCAGCAGCAUGUUCGAGCUCUGCUGUCCUGUCCACAGCCUGCCAAAAGCAAAACUCCCACCAAGCGGCAGACCAAGCGGCCUCGUCUCCAGAGGCCCGCCUCCACCACCACCCUCUUGACGUCCCCCGUCACCCAGCAGGCCACCCUACAGCCCCAGCAGUUCACCGUCCUAUCCCCCAUCUCGCUGUCGUCGGUGGGUCAGCCGUUCACGGUGGCUGGUCUGCCCAUCGCUUCCCUGGCCCAGUCUUCAAACACCGUCACCCUGCUGCCUGCCGGCUCUCAGUUCUUCACCCGCUACAUGGUUUCUGGGGAUGGGAAGGCGGACACCAUCACCCUGCACCCUUCCUCCGGCCUCACGCUGUUGGGGACGACCGCCGUGCAGGACUCCAGCCAGCUGGUGAGCCCCGUGGAGCUGGUGCACCUUAGCCAGCAGGCCGGCGGCAGCGCGGAGGUGGUGCCCAUAGAGGGUCAGGUGGUGGACGGGACCAUGUUAGUACAGCAGGAGGUGAUGCAGGGCGAGGUGGAGCAAGGCCAGGAGCACACGGUCAUCGAGAUCAACCCGGCUCCGGUGGAGAUGGAGCAGGCCAUGGGGGUCAUGGAGCUGCAGCUGAGCGGAGACGCCACCACCGACGCCAUGGUGGUGCAGGGCGGGAUGGAGGUGUCCAUGGCUGCGGUGGCAGAGGGGGAGGAGCCACAGUGCCAAAUGCAGCAGACGCAGACUGAAGCGGUGCAGGAGCUGCAGCUGGACACCAACACACAACUGUCAGGAGUACAGAUAGUGGUGAUAGAAGAAAACACUCAGGAAGUAAAUAAGGUCAAAUGAGACCGUGGAACCCUCUGGAGCAGGUCUGGACUCAUGGACUUAGGUUGAAUUGUAAAUAAUCGGAAUUUCCACAAACUGCCUUGGCCUCAGACCAAGCACUAGGGUAGCCAUUUUCCUCUUUUGGUGUGUCUGUAAAUGUUCCUCUCAACUUGUGGUUAUUUUUUUAUUAAAACAAGAGGCCUCAUAGCAAAGCA